GGGACAAGGGGUGUUGGAAGAGACUCUCCCACGCACUCCUCUCCGCAGAGCUCGGCUUGCUAUACGGACAGAGCCCGAGUCUCGAGAUGUCUCACACCGACGACGUGCACGAGCUACGGGAGGCGUUCGCACGCGUGGACGUGGAGGGGCGGGGCUAUGUGGGGGAGCAGGACCUCAAGGCGGUGUUCGACGCGGCGCACUGCCCCCUCCCCGGGUUCCGCCUCCGGGAGCUCGCGGGGCAGAGGAGCGGGGACCUCGGGUUUGAGGAGUUCCUGAAGCUGUACACGGAGGUAAAGCGCGGCGAGGUGAGCAAGACGUUUCGCACCGUGAUCCGGCAGAAGGAGGGCCUCUGCGCUGUCGGCGGACUCUCUGAUAUCUCCAGCGAGGGCACCCAACACUCGUACUCAGAGGAGGAGAAAGUGGCGUUCGUGAACUGGAUGAACAUGGCGCUGGAAGGCGACACUGACUGCCACCACGUGCUGCCCAUGGACCCUGACAGCGAGUCGCUCUUCCACUGCGUGGGCGACGGCAUCGUCCUCUGCAAGAUGAUCAACCACUCGGUGCCGGACACGAUCGACGAGCGGACGAUCAACAAGAAGAAGCUCACCCCGUUCACCAUCCAGGAGAACCUGAACCUGGCUCUGAACUCGGCGUCGGCGAUCGGCUGCCACGUGGUGAACAUCGGCGCGGAGGACCUGCGGGAGGGGAAGCCCCACCUGGUGCUGGGCCUCCUGUGGCAGGUGAUCAAGAUCGGCCUCUUUGCCUCCAUCGAGAUCACCAGGAACGAGGCCCUCGUGGCUCUGCUGCGUGACGGGGAGACGCUGGAGGAGCUGGUGAAGCUCUCUCCCGAGGAGCUGCUCCUGCGUUGGGUCAACCACCACCUGGAGGAGGCCGGCUGGAACAAGAUCAAUAACUUCUCCACCGACAUCAAGGACUCCAAGGCGUACUUCCACCUGCUCAACCAAAUCGCUCCCAAGGGGGAGGAUAGGGUGGACAUCGACAUGUCUGGCUUCAACGAGGUAGAGGACGUGGGGCGUGCGGAGGCGAUGCUGCAGCAGGCUGAGCGGCUGGGCUGCCGGCAAUUCGUGACCCCCUUGGACGUGGUGCGAGGCAACCCCAAGCUGAACGUCGCCUUCGUGGCGAACCUCUUCAACCGCCACCCGGCACUACUCAAGCCCGCCGACAUGGACAUCGACUGGACCCUGCUAGAGGGUGAGACGAGGGAAGAGCGGACGUUCCGAAACUGGAUGAACUCGCAGGGAGUGAAUCCCUACGUGAACCACCUGUACAGCGACCUGCGGGAUGCCCUCGUCAUCAUCCAGCUGUUGGAGAAGAUUCGCACGCCCGUGGAGUGGGAGCGGGUGAACAAACCACCCUACCCACGCCUGGGGGCCAACAUGAAGAAGCUGGAGAACUGCAACUACGCAGUGGAGCUGGGCAAGGCGAGCAAGUUCUCGCUCGUGGGCAUCGCUGGCACGGACCUCAACGAAGGGAAGCCGAUGCUCACGCUGGCGCUGGUGUGGCAGCUCAUGCGCAGGUACACCAUCAACGUGCUAGAGGAGCUGGGCGAUGGCGAGAAGGUGAAUGACGAAAUCAUCAUCGCUUGGGUCAACAAGACGCUCGCUUCGGCCGGGAAGUCCUCCUCCAUCUCUAGCUUCAAGGACAAGAGCAUCGCGUCGUCGAUGGUUGUGUUGGACCUCAUCGACUCCAUCCAGCCGGGCUCCGUCAACUACGACCUCGUUCCCGCCGACGGGGAGCGUGACGGAGUGGAGCAGAACUUGAGCAACGCCAAGUACGCGAUCUCGAUGGCUCGCAAGAUCGGAGCGCGCGUCUACGCACUGCCCGAGGACCUGGUGGAGGUGAAGCCCAAGAUGGUGAUGACCGUGUUCGCCUGCCUCAUGGGCCGUGGCCUGAAGCGCGUGUGA